AUGGUAAAACAUGGAGUUAGCCAACUAUCCAACACUAAGAAGAGGAAAACAACUGAUUCUACUUCUUCAAACAGUAAUGGCUUGUGGUUAGCUUCAAUUCCACCUCCAUCGGAAAAUAAUGCUUCAUCUGCUGGCAAUAACAGUAUCGUUGCCUAUUCAAGUAAACAUUUGUGUCCACCACCAACAGAAAAAGAAAAAAAUACUGUUGACACUAAUGAAGGUACUAACACCGCUGAUCCACCUACUUCCUCUCCUAGUAAAACUAGGUCAUUUGUUUGGUUGCAUUUUGAAAAAAUUAAAAACUCUGAUGGUAAAGAGACGAGUAGAGUUAGGUGUUUAUGGUGUGGUAAGAAUUACCAAGGUGGUAGUGCCAUGGGAACUUCGGGUCUUAGGAAACACUUGCGAGUAACCUGUAAAAAAUUUCCUCAUAAACAACAGUUGAUUGAUGCAGAGAUUAAGAAGGACAAAUCGCAAAAGACCCUAACGUUCUUAAAGUCCAUAAAUACAGAAAGUCCUAAGAUUGGAACUUGGUGUUUUGAUCAAGAAGUUUGUAGGAAAGCAUUAGUUGAAAUGAUAAUUAAAGAUGAAUUACCUUUUAGAUUUGUGGAAAGAGAAGGGUUUAGAGAAUUUAUUCAAGUUGCUUUGAAGAAAAGAUUGUUAAAGAAAAAUGUAUUUAUUUUGGAUGGAGAUGCAUUUCAUAUGAGGUAUUUUGCCCAUAUCCUUCAAUUAAUUGUGAAAGAUGGACUUCAAAUAUCUCAAGUUUCCAUAAAAAAAAUUAGAGAUGUUGUGAAGUACAUUAGAAGUAGUCCUCAAAGAAUGGAUCUAUUUAAGAAGGCUUGCGAGUUAGCAAAUUUAAAGAAUAAGUCCUCUUUACAGUUAGAUUGCCUAACUAGGUGGAAUUCAACUUAUUUGAUGUUAGAUUGUGCUUUGGGCUAUCAAAAGGCUUUUGAUAUGUUGGAGGACAUAGACUCCAAAUUCCUGGCUGAUUCUGGUGAUGAUUUACCUAGUGAAGUAGAUUGGACUAAAGCUAAGGUGCUAAUAAAGUUUCUUAAGAAAUUCUACGAUGCUACUUGCAAGCUAUCUGGCACAUUGUACUCUACUUCAAAUCUUUAUUUUCCGGAGGUCAUAAAGAUUUUAAAAGAACUAGAUACUUCUAAAAUUAUCAAGGAUAGUGAGCUAAGUCAAAUGACCAUUGAAAUGCGAGGUAAAUUUGACCAAUAUUGGGGUUCUUUAGAUAAAAUGAAUGUUAUGUUAUUUGUGGCUGUUGUCUUGGAUCCUAGGUGCAAAUUAAAGUACUUGAAAGCUAAGUAUACCAUUUAUUAUGGUGAAGAUGAGGCAAAAAAUUUAGAAAAAAUGGUGAAGACAGCUUUAGAGUUGAUGGUGGAUGAAUACAAGAUAAUUGAGGAUCAAUUACAUAUGGGUGAGGUUGUAGGAAGCUCAGAGAAAUCUGCAUAUGAUAGUGGGCCAAGUGAGAUGGAAACAGAAGAAGAGAUUGAUGAGUUCUUUUUAGAGGAAGAAGCGCAACAGAAUCUGUCUAAGAUAUCUGAGUUAGAUAGAUACUUCGAAGAAUUUACAGAAAAAUUCACCAUUGAUUUCGAUAUCUUAGCAUGGUGGAAGGUGAAUUCAGUAAGGUAUCCUAUCUUGUCCAAGGUUGCACGCGAUGUAUUGGCUAUCCAAGCUUCAACAGUAGCCUCUGAAUCUGCAUUUAGUACUGGAGGACGAACUCUAGAUCAAUAUAGAAGUUCUUUACUUCCUACAACAGCGGAGAAAUUAUUCAAGAUCCUGAGAUUGGUGAAUCACUUAUGCCAAGAUUAA